UUACUGAAUCGAGCAUAGGAUCGAAAUCCUCUCUCCACGGCGGAGAUCCACCGUCUUCGCUGGGAAAAAACGGCGGUGGUGGGGAGGAUCCGAGGAUGGAUAAAACAAUCAAAGCGUCCAGCACCACCGCUCCCUCCUCCUAUUCCUCCCUCUCCUCGGCGUAUCCUUCUUCGAUCAGCUCGGUUUCGCCUCCGCGACUCAGUAGUGCCACACAUCUCGUGUCUCCCCCACGUCGACAGCAUUCAUCGGAUCGACUGAAACGCCAGGCCCGCGAACAGCUUGAGGGCUUGAUAAAGAAGCACGGCCAUCCCACCAUCGUCUGCUCGUCCUCGUCUUUACGGAGCUUGACUUCAACUUCGCCUCCUGGACGUCCAUCCUAUCUGCCAUCUCCCGAACUUUGUCCGGCUACGACCACCGUUGACGCGGACGACGAUACUCUCGGUAUUGAUUCCGCAGGCACUCGUCCGAUUCCCAUCCCCAAGGCGGCUUCCACCCGCGAGCUGGACGACGUCCCUGUCACUCCGUUGACCGGCCGCUUCGACGAAGUACAUUUCCUCUACGCGCAGCAGUGUCCACGCCGCAAAGACCAGAAACUAUCCACCAAGAAGCGCACCCGGAGACCUCGAGUCUCCUCGCGAGUGAAGUCCGACCACAAGAUGCACAGUGGCGGUUCGACCCAACUGUACGCACCCGCUACCAUGGCGCAGUCCGGUCGCCCGAUGUCUUCCCAGAACUCCUCCAAAGGUGCCUCCGGCGUCCCGCUGAGUCUCCCUCGGUUCCAUCCGGCUGUCUAUCAGUCCUCGACAGGAGCUCAUAGCACGGCUUCGCGACCGUCAUCUCCCCACCAACAGAGACCGCAGGCAUACCGGAUGUCGUCUGGUUCUCGAGACACCCUCCGUCAAUACCGGGAACUGAUCACCAAUGGCGUCCUCUCCCGGAAUGCUCAAGGAGUCAUCACCACCAAGCCGGCGGCUCCCCGUCUCGAUCCGCUCGGUAGCCCGGGACCAGUGACGCCGCUGGUACUCGAGGAAGGAGACAGCUACCUCAGCGCGGGCGCGGCUAAUGGCUCAGAGCAGUCCGGCUCGAUGAAGACGCUCGCUCCGUCUCCCGAAUUGGUCGAGAAGCUGAUUCAGAGAGAAAACGAGCGAAUCCGGCUCCAGAAGCAGCGACAGGAGCUCAAGGGCCGGUGAGCUGAUUGCGAUCUGAAAAAUUAUCUCCUAGUGUCGUCCGGAUUGGACGGCUAUCUGCAAAGUAUUAAAAUAUACCCGCAGUAUCGGAUAUUGAGAAGGCAUCAGCACCUUCGUAUUCCACUGCACGGAGCGUCGCAUCAUCUUCUUGACCGCUCGUCUCCGACCCCAAAAUAGAGCGCUGUGAACCCAGCCGCAGUGUCUUCUUUUAUUCUUAACCUCGCAGCUUCAUCACGCUUCUUUCAUCUUGCAUUUUCGGCGUCUCAAUGGGCCGUGUUGUAUACCACCGGCAUCGAUCAGACUGAUCGUUCUUCUCUGCUUGCAAUAUAUCUAUACCCCAGUGUUUCUGCGACGUGUCUAUUUGCCGUCGUGUAUAUGUUUGUACGAUAUCUUUUGGCUCAUUGCCAGCCAUACAUGCCUACAGAGUGGCUCUGAGCGUCAAUCGGAUUGUAUUACCGUGCAGUCUGCUUCCU